GCAGAUCCAGAGCCAGGUGACCCCCCACGCCAUCGUGGUGCUGCCCAAGACGGACGGCAUGGAGAUGCUGCUGUGCUACGAGGACGAGGGCGUCUACGUCAACACCUACGGCCGCAUCACCAAGGACGUGGUGCUGCAGUGGGGCGAGAUGCCCACCUCCGUCGCCUACAUCCACUCCAACCAGAUCAUGGGAUGGGGAGAGAAGGCCAUCGAGAUCCGCUCCGUGGAGACGGGGCACCUCGACGGAGUUUUCAUGCACAAGCGAGCUCAGCGACUAAAGUUCCUGUCGGAGAGGAACGACAAGGUGUUCUUCGCUUCGGUCCGGUCCGGCGGCAGUAGCCAGGUGUUCUUCAUGACGCUGAACAGGAGCUCCAUGAUGAACUGGUAACCCGUCUCGACCCAGAGAGGAGAGCUGAUGCAGGGGGACACGGAGCAGCCAA